AUGACUGCUUAUUCCAAUCUGAGCAGCACUUCAAAACAUGAAGAAGUGGAAAAUUGCUCAGUGGAUAUGAACUUUGAGGACGUGGCCAUUGUCUUCUCUCAGGAGGAGUGGGGGCUCCUUGAUGAGGCUCAGAGACUUCUGUUUUGCGAUGUGAUGCUGGAAGUGUUUGCACUGGUGUCAUCUGUAGGUUGCUGUCAUAAAACAGAUGAUGCGGAGGCCUCUUCUGAGCAGAGUGUAUCUGUAGAAAGAGAGUCACAGGUCAGGGCUUCUGAGACAGCUCCAGCAACCCAGAGGACCCGUCUCUGCAGAAGGUGUUUCUCUCUGUUAACAGAUAUUCUGCACCUGACUGAGUCACAAGCAGCAGACUUUGAACAGAAAGGCUUCUUCAGUGAUGCAUGUGUGAGAGACUUCUGUUUCAGUGCAAAUCUUCACCAGCAACAGAGGGAAGCCAGUGGAGAGAAGCCCUGGAGGGAAGCUGUGGACAGGGCCUCGUUUGUGACCAGGUGCAGCUUCUAUUUAUCUUGGGUGCUUUCAACCAGUGGAGAGGUUGGCGAAGACUUCCCAGCCUUCUCAGAGCUUUUCCAGCACCAGGUCCCUCUCAACACUGAGGAGCCACACAGUGGCAGUGAGAUUUCACUGGAAUUUCUCAGUGGAAAUAGUCAUUAUGAUUGGGAUGAAGGUGAAAAAGCUGCCAGCCACAACCAGAAAGUUGUUCAGCAUCAAGAUGUCUGCUCUGAUGAAGUGAAUUAUGUGUGUAGCAAAUGUGGGAAUGUUUUUAGAGGAAUUUUUAACCUUAUGCAACAUACCAGAGCUCACACUGGUGAGUAUAGUGAUUGUGAGAAGUCCUUCAAUCGGAGAUCUAACCUCACCAAACAUGACCGAGUUCUCCCUGGAGAAAAGUCUUAUGAGUAUAGUGAACAUGGGAAGUCAUUGAGGCAGACCUCUGCCGUCGUUGAACAACAGAGGGUUCAUGCUGGAGGAAAAACCUAUGAGUGUACUGUUUGUGGGAAGGCCUUCCGAAAAAGAUCUCACCUCAUUAAACACCUCAGAAUUCACACUGGAGAAAAGCCCUAUGAGUGUACCGAUUGCGGGAAAUUCUUCAGGGAAAACAGUACUCUCAUUCAACACCAGAGGGUUCACACCGGAGAAAAGCCUUAUGAAUGUACUCUUUGUGGAAAGUCCUUCAUACAGAGGUCCAUCCUCACCAAACACCACCGAGUGCACACCGGGGAAAAGCCAUAUGAGUGCACCGAUUGCGGGAAGUCAUUCAAGCAAAUCUCGGCUCUCAGUGUGCACCAGAGGGUUCACACUGGAGAAAAGCCGUACGAGUGUAGUGAUUGUGGGAAGUUAUUCAAUGUGAGCUCUGCUCUCCAUACACACCACAGAGUUCACACCGGAGAAAAGCCCUACGAGUGCAGCGAUUGUGGCAAGACCUUCAGGCAAAUCUCCCAUCUCCGAGAGCACCAGAGGGUUCACACUGGAGAAAAGCCGUACGAGUGCAGCGAUUGCGGAAAGUUCUUCACUCAAAGCAUUGCUCUCCAUAAGCACCACAGAGUUCACACCGGAGAGAAGCCCCAUGAGUGCAGCGAUUGCGGGAAGUCAUUCAGGCGAAUCUCGAUUCUCGCAGAGCACCAGAGAGUUCACACAGGAGAAAAGCCAUAUGUGUGUAGCGAUUGCGGCAAGUCCUUCAGACAGAGUUCUACCUUGACACGGCACCGGAGAGUUCACACUGGAGAAAAACCUUACGUGUGUGGUGCAUGUGGGAAGUCUUUUAGGUACAGUAGUCACCUCCUUUACCACAGGAGAGUUCACACACUAUAA